AUGAUUGCGCCUGCAGCCAAAGUCGCCGUCAUUGGCGCCGGACCGGGUGGUCUCUCCGCCCUCAAGGAACUCCGUGAAGUCGGGUUCGACGUCACGCUGUUCGAACGGCGAUCUGACGUGGGCGGUCUCUGGACCUUUUCGGACGAUCCCUCCCUUACUUCCGCCAUGCCAUGGACCAAAUCACAGAUAAGCAAGUUCAUUUCAUCAAUGUCGGAUUUCCCAUUUCCUGAUCAUUAUCCCGCACAUAUCUCGGCAGAAGAAUGGUCAGAAUAUUACAAGGCGUACGCAAAGCACUUUGAAUUAUACAACAACAUUGUUUUCAACGCUACUGUAGAGUUGAUUCAAAGAGACCACAAUAGAGGCAAAUGGCUUGUCCACGUGGCAGGCGAGGAGGCGCGAACAUUUGACAAGAUCGUGCUCGCGAGCGGCUCGGAAACGACACCCGUGUAUCCAGACAUCGAAAACUUGGACCAGUUUCGAGGGCAAUUCACGCAUUCCCAGGCCUAUAAGGGGCCCGAGGGUAUGAAAGGGAAGACGGCGGUGGUGAUAGGCGUGGGAAACACUGCUUGUGACGUCGUCGUAGAACUAGCGGACCAUGCGUCCAGAGUUUACCUAUCUCACAGGAGAGGCGCGAAAAUCAUCCCGCGCAUGAACGCAGACGGACCCAUAGACGCUGUCAUGUCUUGGAGAACUUCUCGUCUCGGUUUCUGGCUGGAGCACUACUUUCCGACCAUCUUCGGUCUACUCGGUGAAUCUGUCGUCAAGAAGAACGUCCAAGCACUUGGCGAGCAGGACCCGGACUGGGGCUUCGAGCCGUCUCCCAGUCUCGGAAUCAGCUUCAACGCUAUCGUCGUGAACGACGAACUUUUCUCGAGACUCCGAGACGGGAGCGUACACUCUGUACGGGGUGUGAGACGAAUCGCAGGCCCGCACGCAGUCGAGCUGGACGACGGCAAAAUCAUCCAAGACGUGGACGUCAUCAUCGCGGCUACCGGGUACCGUCCGGACUUCUCGCUGGUGCCGGACCUGUCUCAUAACACAAUGUCGGACCCAAAUCACCCGGCGCUCCCGAAUCUGUACCAGAACAUAUUCGCCGUGGAAUACCCGGACUCGCUCGCCUGCGUGAGCUACUGUACCGUGAACGAUAACGCAGCGUCGUACCGGGAGCUCCAGUCGAUGGCCAUCGCGCAGGUAUGGGCGGGCAACUCGUCUUUACCUCCCGCGGCCGAGAUGCGCCGGAACCUUGCCAUGUACCAGCGAUGGAUCUGGAAGAAAGUUCGCGCCUUCUCGGGGGCUCCCACUGGAACCGGUAGACAGCACUCAUGGAUGAGGUUCGUGCACGAGAUGGCGGGCACUGGUAUGUACGAAUACCUUGGCUGGGGACGGAAGGGAUGGCAGUUCUGGUGGCAGGACAGGGACUUUUACCGGCUCGUAGCUUGGGGGGCGUAUUCGCCGCAUAUGUAUCGUCUCUUCGAGACGGGAAAGAGAAGAACGUGGCCUGGCGCAAGGGAGGCUAUUAUCAAGGUCAACAAGGAUAGAGACAAGAUGUUCCCGAAGACGAAACACAAGGGCAAAACGGCUUGA